AUGCCAGCUUGCACUUCAACACCUCCCACGCACAUCUCGCUCAACACUUCGUCUCGUGGCACUCCUGCUGCAAUUCCAAACAAGCACCUGCCAGUAUGCCCGCCAGGUCCAAAUCCAGUGACACCACCAGCAUCUCCUCUUCGCGACGAUAGCUUGGUCGAGACAGCCUCAAUCACACAUCCACCAGAGAAGCACUGCACACAAUUCUGCAAUGACCCACCAGUGUACACAAUCAGUGCAGAUCGUAUGGCAGAGGCAUUGGAGUUCAUGGCGACGCACCCAUUGCCCAGCCCAGAGCAGGUCUUCCCGUGGCUCCACGGUCUGCAUGCUGAGAACCAGAUUCAACUCGCUUUCUUUGCUUCACGUCGCAAAGCUGCUCGCAAAAUCCCCGACUGCAUUCGCAGCUUGACUGUCGUAAAGACAGGUGGAGACUUGGCCGCGUCGAAGUUAAAGGGUGCUAUUGCAGCAGACGAGAUAUUGUGUUCAGACUCAGCUAAUUCGCCUUCCUUCAUCGAGUGCGAUCCCAAGGAUGGCUUCUCUGUGCGUAACUUCCAGAUACAGGCCUGUAAGCUGGCUAUGGUCUCGGACAUCAUAGUCUAUGGCGAUCAGAAGACACACCCCAACGACACCAUUGCGCUUGCUAAGAGCAUAUCUCAAGCUCAACGGCAGUAUGAAGCGAGCAGUGGCUUUCCCGCUGGUUUGUUCAAUACGUUCAUGCUUUCAGACUCGUUCGGCACUGUUCAGGAGAAGUACCCAGAGCUGAUUGCUGUUGAUCCUACAGGCCGCGUGACUGGCAACGUCGUUGACUUCUUCUACUGGGAGCGAUACGAGAUGUGCGACAUGUCAAAAGCAUCCGAGAUCAGCAGCAAUGUGUUCCUAGGACCCACGCCUGACCCUGCACUCCACCCAGACUGUUUAGGCGAGGAUGCAUACGAUGUACUCAUCGAAGCGACAGACCUUGCACAUGUACCAGAACCACGCUCAUUGCGAGCUUUGCGCAUGUCGAUGGAGAAGGUCAACCGAAAAUCCGCCAUACACAUGGAGUUCCCCUCCUCUGGUAGUAUCAUGCCACCUUCGUGGUCUCACACUGAAGUCGAUGGGCUGAUGGAGACCUGUCGAUGGAUGUACGAGCUUGCGAAUCCUCAGGAGAUUCGUCGAACGAAGCGCAGACGGAGUGACGACGAUGAUGAGGCGAUUGAGCUAGACGAUAUUGCUGUACCACGCAAGUUUCUCAUCCAUUGCACAGACGGUUACACGGAGACCACCCUGCUCGCCCUAGCGUACUUCAUGUAUGCGGAAGGCCUCCCGGUCCACGACGCUUGGAUCCAGCUACACCGGGAGAAGGGCCGCAACUUCUUCGCGUAUCCGUCCGACGUUGCGCUCCUUACUGCGAUUCAGCCGCGCAUCCUGCAGGAGUCGCCCAAGUUCAGCAAAAGUGUGUUCAACCUCACCGAGCCUCAGUGGCUGUCGAAGAUCGAUGGCAGUCUACCUAGUAGGAUCCUGCCAUACAUGUACCUCGGUAACCUGGGUCAUGCGAACAACCCAGAGUUGCUUAGAGAACUCGGCAUCACAAGGAUCUUGAGUGUUGGCGAGCCGCUAUCGUGGGAUGCAGAUGUCAAUAAGCAGCUCCAAUGGCCGGAGGAAAACUUUUUGAUGGUCGAUCGAGUCCAGGACAACGGUGUUGACCCCCUGUGGAGCGAAUUUGAGCGAUGCCUGAAGUUCAUCGAAGCUGGCAAGGCUGCUGGCGAAGCUACACUCGUCCAUUGCCGAGUCGGCGUCUCUCGAUCUGCCACGAUAUGCAUUGCAGAGAUUAUGAACGAGAUGGGCCUGUCUUUCCCACGUGCAUACUGCUUUGUCAGGGCACGGCGACUGAAUGUCAUCAUUCAACCGCACCUGCGAUUUACUUACGAACUUCUUAAAUGGGAAGAGUAUCAGCGUCAGAGACGUAAUGAGCCUCUUCGCCGCGAACUCGAGUGGGCUACGGUCGCGCGCGAGAUCGCAUUGAUGAACAAGCCUUACUCGAGAUGA